CAAGGCGAAGCUGAGAAAAUACUUACAAAUUUUAGAAUUCAAAAUGCGCGCCGAAAAGCUCGGGGAUGGAGCUUUCGCUCGCUGGGAAUAACCGUGAGUCGUCAAUGACGCCAUCGGAUGACACAGCAGCUGCUCGAGCGCCGUGACAAAAUCAACGAAACCGGCUGAGCGGGCCAACAGUUGUCCGCGAAGCCUUCGACGUGCUGGAACAGAUUGCCGCCUCAGAGCAGAUAGACCGAGACCCGUAGCGUAAUCACAGCGACCCAGAAGCGUUCAAUUUGCACACCACUAAUUAUCAGCGCAUCCGACACACGAUGACCAAUCUGGCUCCCACCGUCCAGCUGAGCAACGGCCGCGAGAUGCCGAUCUUCGGCCUGGGCACCUGGAAGUCGUUCGAGUCGGACGCAUACCACUCCACGCGUCACGCCCUCGACGUGGGCUACCGGCACAUAGACACCGCCUUCGUCUACGAGAACGAGGCGGAGGUGGGCCAGGCGAUCGCCGAGAAGAUCGCUGAGGGGGUGAUCUCGCGCGACGACGUGUUUGUGACCACCAAGCUGGGCGGGAUCCACCACGACACCGAUCUGGUGGAGCGCGCCUGCCGCCUGAGCCUGAGCAACCUUGGCCUGGACUACGUGGACCUGUACCUGAUGCACAUGCCGGUGGGCCAGAAGUUCCACAACGACAGCAACGUGCACGGCACCCUCGAGUUGACGGACGUCGACUAUCUGGACACCUGGGCAGCGAUGGAGAAGCUUGUGGACCUCGGACUGGCGCGGAGCAUCGGUCUGUCCAACUUUAAUGCGGCGCAAACCGAACGGGUGCUGGCGAACUGUCGGAUCCGCCCGGUAGUCAACCAGGUUGAGUGCCACCCGGGAUUCCAGCAACGCCAGCUGCGGGAACAUGCCAAGCGGCACGGCCUGGUCAUCUGCGCCUACUGUCCCUUGGCUCGCCCCCAGCCUGCCCGCCAGUGGCCGCCCUUCAUCUACGACGAGCAUGCCCAGCAGCUGGCCAAGAAGUACGGCAAGACCACGGCGCAGAUCUGCCUGCGCUACCUGGUCCAGCUGGGCGUGGUGCCGCUGCCCAAGUCAUCGAACAAGAGUCGCAUCGCUGAGAACUUCCAGGUGUUCGACUUCGAGCUGAGUCCAGAGGACGUUCGGAGCAUGGAGCAGUACCACACGGGCCAGCGAACGGUGCCGUUCUCCGGUAUGGCCGGGCAUAAGUUCUACCCGUUCCACGACGAGUUCUAGACACCAUAGUAUUUGUAUUUGUAUAAAAUAAAGUGUAUUACGUAGA